UGAAGAAGAGAAGAGAAAGAAAUGUUAUUGCUCGCACGUACCGGCUUGCUGGAGCGAACGCAUCGUCCGUUCACAACGAAAAGACUUCGACAUGAUUGAAGACUUUUCUCCUUUCGAGGUCAACUUCGACAGCCAGCUUCCGCCAGAGGAACUUCUCACGCAAGACUUUUCCUCCGGACUGGCCAUCGAAGACGACCAAUUCGAGCCCAUCAGUCCCACGUCGCAGUUCCCGCCCGAUGUGCUGCCCAUUAAAAUCUACGCCUUGGAUGAACAGCCCGAUCUUCCUUCUCAGCUUCCGGCAUCCAGUGAGGAGCCGGAAACCAUCAAGAACUGGCGAGAACAGAUGAACAGGCAACUGGAACGGAAGGACGCCGAAGAAGAGCUCAAGAAACAGGAACUGCGACAGACGGCUGAGAAAGAACUGGCCGAUUGGUACAGCAGGUAUCGCGAGUCGGUCAACAAGUGCAAGGCUAGUAACCGCUCCAUGGCUACCGACUGGUUGGCAGUGCGUGACGCGGGACCCAGGGUACCAGAAUGGGACACCAUUGCUAGGCUGUGCGACUUCAACCCCAAGAUGUCGAGGAAUGUCAAAGAUAUCUCGCGUAUGCGAAGCAUCAUCUUGCAGCUGAAGCAAAAUCCCCCUCUGCCGUCUGUAUCGCUCACAUCUAUUUGAGCGUCUUGAAGGUCUCGGGCGAGAUGCAAUAAAAACAGAUUCGAAGGCUA